AUGAAUAAAAGCGAGAAACCUACACCUAAUCGAAUUGUUACUAAAAGAUUAGGUCCAAAGCAUUUAUCCCUUAAUCCACAACGACAUCCAAAUAUAGAAAAGCAGGUUACUCUUUCCAAAGAAGAGGAAAAUGCUGAAAUUAACGAACUAAAAAUUCAAAAAUCAAAAUUGAACCAAGAAAUCAUCGAAUUAGAAAUAGAUCAUUCCAAACGAAUAUCAGAAAUGACUCCAUCUCAAUUUGAUUCAAUUUUAUUGUCUUCUCGAAAUCAUUUUUUAUCCAAUCUUUCCAGAGCCACUGUUUCCUAUAAUGAAAGGCUUUCCAGGAUGAACACCAUCAUGUUCUCGCUUAAUGAGGAGCUUUCACGCUUUAAUUCUUCAAAACCAUCAAUGACAUCCUCAUUUACAUCAUCCGAAAUCAAAAGAGAAAAUGUUGAACUUAAAAGGUCAAUUGAUUUCGUCAGAAAAGAAAUAGAAGUAUCAAACGAUGCAUCAGAGAUUAUAGUUACUUCUAAGGACUCUGUUGUUGCAAGAGAUAGAGAAGAUGUUCGAUCAGAAAAACAAUUAAUUCGUGAUGAAAUCAAUUUGAUCAAAGAUGAAAUAGAAGUAAAUAAUUUGCAAUCAGAUAUGACAGCUCAAUACUAUUGGAAAGCUAUCGAAUCAAUAAAAGCAAUGCAGUUGAAAUGCGAUGACGAAAUACAAGAAAAUAUCGAACAGAAAAGACCAAUUUCUCGAACACUUUUUGAUAACGCGGAAUCAAUUUUGGAAAAAAGAAGACGUGCUCAAUCAGAAUAUUACGAAGCAAAGAAAGAAUCAGGAAGCCCGCAAAAAGAAGAAAAAUUACAGAACUCGUUGAAUGACUAUAGAGCUACAAUUGCUUUACUUCCUAACUUGAGUGUUUCUGAAUUAUAUGAUAACCUUUCUUUAUCUGGAACAAAAUUGAAUACAUUAAAUGAUACUUUAAAGAGAUCAGUGACAUCAUCAGUUAUGUUGCACUCUGAUCUUAUUGAUCAACAGAUUGAAGAAAUAGAAAAAAGAUGUCACUCGGAAAUACUUCAGGCAAAUGUUGAUUUACAACAAUCAUCAAAAGAAAUACUCAAUAAAAUCAAAAAUGAAAUUGUUAAAAAUGAAUACAAUAAAGGAGAACUGAAAACUAUUUUCAGAUGGGCUCAAUCUGUUCAAAAUAGUGAAAUCAGUAAUCAUAUUCAUCAAAUUUUCAUGUUAGUAAACUCUCCAAAGUAA